UCCCUGGGUGAAGAGAAAUUUUCCAUUGAACAUGCCGAAAUGCAACAAAUCGCUGCGGAGACCGAUGAGGCGAGCAAAACACUGACAGAGUCUUUAAAAAAGUUGAACGAAGCCGAAUUCCGUCACAAAUUUGCAACGGAUCGAUCAAAUAAGGUACGGGAAGAAUUGAUCAAUGAAUUGGAGCAAAUUGAAGCCAAACGAAAAGAUGCAAGGCUCAAACUGACAGAUGCGUUGGCCACGGAGCCUCGCCUGAUCGCCGACACGCAAACGCAUAUCGAAAACACCACAGAGGCGGAAGCUCGGACCGUCCGCAUGAACACCGAAUUGGCAGAGUGUAUCAAACAGGUGGGGGUUGAUAUCCAGUCUGUGAGUCAGAAGAUGCAACAACAUGAGACAGCACAACGUUUGUUGGAAAGUUUGACCUACUGGUUACGCGUGCAUCAACGACGUUUGGAUACCCAAUUUGAUGGCAAACUCCAACGGGAGCUUGAUGAAGCAUGGGUUCAGCAACGGACCAUCAACGACCGAUUGGAUGAGCUUCGUUUGAACAAAUCAGAUCUUCAGGUCAAGGUGAAUUUGUGCGCGGAUCAGACGAGCAAAAGUGAAAAGGCAAUCGAAAAACUGAAAAGCGAAAUCGAUCGCUUGAGAAAACGCAUGUCUGAAAGUAUGACCAAUCUGGGACACAGCACGAAUCGAUUGGCCCGUGUGCAAUCAGAGCAUGAGAAAGUGGCUAACAAUUUGGAACAAGUUCGACAUAAAAAUCGUAUGGAACAAGAAAAGUUUCGAAAGCACAUUAAUGAAUUAGACGAACGAAUCAAACAGGAAAUGACCACUAGAAAUAGCAUCUUGGCCUCUAUCAAACGGGAUAUUGCAGAGUUGGAAACGGCACGUGCCCAGGCUAGAUCAGAAAGAACUCGUUUACAAAAUCGUGCGGAUCAACUGCAAAAAACUGUCACCGCAGUGGAGGAAAAGGCCAAAAAUGUACGCGUUGAACACGAGCGAUGCAUCACCGAGGCUAGACUGGUCCGCGAAAAGUAUGAAUCGCGUUUUUGUUAUACAAUCAAACCGAUUCGUUUCCUAUCCAUCCCGAAUAACAACAACAGAUGCAACAUUGCCGAACUGGAAGCCCAUCAACGUGUACUUCGGCAACAACUGGAUGCGAUUAGGGAACAGACACAAGCGAUCGAUAUGCGACAACAGGAACGCUUAUCCGAGAAUCGUGUCCACUCCCAGAGUCGUCUAGCUAUCCUAAAUGAGCUCAAAAAUCAGCUGACCGAAGCGGUUCGCGAGAACAUUCAGUUGGCCAAAACCUAUCAAGCGAAUCAGGUGGAACAGAAAAAACUGGUCCACGCGUUCUACGUCGCGCUGAAUGAGUUAUCUCGCAGUCAAUGGGAGAUGUGUGACGCGGAACAGCUUGUGACUUUGUGCACCAGUGUUGUACGUCAGACGAAGGUCUAUGAAAGACGGUUUAGAGCCGGUCCUCAAUGGCUCUUGCUCCAACUGGGACAAUAUUGGAACGCAGUCUCGUGUCGCCUGCGAGUUAUUCAGAAUCACAGUCAAGGUCAACUGGCCAUCGCUGAACAGUCUAAGUGCCAAGAAUUAACAACUCCGCAAGGAUAG